UUGGCUGAGACUCGAUGACGCUCCUAGCCGCGUCACCGCCCAACUCGUUGAUAAACAACUUUUUGAUCACAACAAAGUCGGAAGAAAAUAAAAAGCAAGACAGCGGCUGGAUUUUUUACUGAAAGGAAAACAGUUUUCUGGGAAAAUCACAGGCUGCAAAAGAAACUCCCAGGAUGUUCGGAAAGCUUCUCUCUCUGCUCGGUAACGCUGCAGUCGACUCUGGAGCGGUGAGGGACACGGAGUUGGAGCUCCUGGAGUCUGAGGAGGAGGACUGGGUCAUUGUGGACGUCCCAGGGGACGGAGCCACGUCGGCCCCUGAUGCGGACCCUCUGGAGAACCUGCUGAUCGAGCACCCCAGCAUGUCUGUCUACCAGACAAGAUGCAGGAUGGGAGGAGCAGAGGGAGGGGAGGACCUACCCUCUGAUGAAGAGGAGGAGGAAGCCUCUAGGCCUGUCGCUGUCCGGCGACACGUUUCCUGGCGUCUCGCCGCCUGGGGGAGUCCUCUGCCCUGCGGCAUGCAGCUGCUGGCUGCCCACAGGUCCAGAAGCCUGGCGGACAGGAAGAAGCUGAGUCGCAGCACCCUCUGCAGGCAGAACCUGGCUAAGACACGGUUCUCAGCGAAGGACAGGAGGUACGGCGGUUUAAGGUGCCCCUCCCCACGCCUGUUCAACUACUGAAUGCAGGGAUCAAGGUUCGAGCAUGAGCCCAGUGAUCAGCACCGUCUACCAGCACUCAUCCACUCAGGUUCUCUGUUCUACCUUCAUCCUGACUCCACAGCAGGACCUUCAAAACCUUCAACCUCAUGCCUCUGUCACACCUUUACAAUUUAGACCAGGGUAUGCCUGAUAUGGGAA